GCGCACUGUUGUCUCUGCUUCCGAUCUUAAUCGUGAUCAUCUCUGUAGAUCCGUAUCGCGCCGAUCUACGUCCAAGUGUCUACGAUGAAUGCUCAAUCUGUGGUGCGUCGCCAUCCGCACAGUUUUUCAAUCGAGCAAAUUCUGGCCAAGCCCGAAUCGCAUUUGCCCAGAAACUAUGCUGAUGAAGCGGCUAGCUAUCAAGUGAUCCAUGAGGCUCAGUCUCAUGCAAGUGGGCGUGGCAGUUGUGAUGAUUCGCGUGUCUCGAGUCCCGCCACAUCGAGCUGCCUGGAGGAUGGCCCGGACGACAACAAAAGUGAUAUCGAACUAGCGUCGGACGAUGGCAGUGCGCACGAUGAUCGCAAGAAGCGUCCACGCACUGCCUUCUCCGCUGCACAGAUCAAGGCGCUGGAAACGGAAUUCGAGCGGGGCAAAUAUUUGUCCGUGGCGAAGCGAACGGCGCUGGCCAAGCAGCUGCAGCUGACCGAGACGCAGAUUAAAAUUUGGUUUCAGAAUCGACGCACCAAGUGGAAGAGAAAGUACACCUCGGAUGUGGAAACUCUUGCGUCCCACUACUAUUCACAGCUGGGCAUGGGCGGCAUGGCACGCCCCAUGGUUGUGGGCGAUCGCCUCUGGCUGUUUAGCCAAACACCUGCCGGGCCCACGCCCAUACAGUCCAUCAUGCUGAAUGGCAGUGGAGCAGCCCCGCCCAUGCGCCCCUACGGACCGCCAGCCAGUGCACCCGGUCUGACGCCGCUGCACGCCUCCAGCGUCAUGGAGAGUGCCCGGAAUGCCAUCUUGUCGCGUGGCCAACCGCUGAACUUUGCGCUGCCCUUCGGGCUGGCCAAGCCACAGGCGACGAGCGGAGCAGCUGCCACAGCAGCUGGCUAUGUGCCACGCUGCAAGCCCUAUCCAAGCAGCUUCGUUGACUAUCAGCCACACGGCCACAGCGAGUCCUAUCUGCAGCUGAAGUAUGCCACGCUGCCGCCGGAAACGGAACCGAGUGCCAGCAAUGGCCUGGCCGAACUGGAGCGUGUCUUCGGCGAUGCCAAUGCCAAUUUGCUGCUGCACAAGGGACUGCCAGCUGCCAACAGCAGCAACAGCAGCAAUAGCAACGGCAACGGCAACAGCAACAGCAUCUCCUGCGGCUUUGGACACGAGGCACUGGCGCAGGCGCAACGUAGUCGAUGUGGCACGCAGUCCGAGUCCGAGUGCAGCGACAUUGACUGCGAGCAGCUGGACGAAGAUGAGGAAGCUGUGGAGUAGCCCAAUCAAUUUAUAUGUAUAAUGAAACUAGUUAUUAGUUAUUAUUACAGUUUUAUGUUUUAUAUGCAUCACACGCAAAAAAUAUGCUCAUAUAAAUACCUAAAGUCAUAUAGAUGUUA